AUGGCCAAAAGAUUUUACGGCGUGGAAUCUGAAAAAGUGCCUGAAGGCUUCAUCGAUUUUGUAAAGUGGAAAUUCCAAAAAUACGAAACUGUUCCUUACACUAAACGAUCACGUUAUAUUUUUGUAUCUAACGCUUAUGAUAGAAAACGCGGUGAGACACAGUUUGAAGAAUUCAAACAAAGUUUCCAAGGAAAAGCAUCGUUGCCUCCUUCACAUCCAGAUACUGUUAGGGCUACAAAGAUUCUCAAUAACAUUCUUGAUGCAUUGCAGACAGAGAGGAACAAAAUGAGGUCUGCUUCUGAUUAUAGCUUUUUGCAGCUUCUUUGGUUGCGUCUUAUUCGAAGGUCACCACCUUCUAUGUCCCAUUUGGAUGGAUUAAAUUGGGAGAUUUUGGUUGUCAAUGCUUCUGAGUUAACUUGCGAAUGUUACGGUGGGGGCAAGAUGGCUAUAUCCCAGGUUAUGAUUAACCAUUUUUCAACUGAUGCAGAGAUAGCAACUCUUAUUGCACAUGAGGUUGCACACAUUGUGGCUCGACACCUUGCUGAAAAAGUUGCAAAGAGUGCGUGGAUUUUAAUUGUGUGUAUGUUGCUUGAGAAAUUUAUCAACAUUGACUAUAAUAAGCAAGUGUGGCCGCUUUUCUCAGUACUACCUUUUCACCGACGGUUUGAAUUCGAAGCUGAUUACAUCGGGCUUCUACUAAUAGCAGCAGCUGGCUAUGAUCCUUGGGUGGCACCUAAAGUAUACAAAAAGAUUGGAAUGUUAGAAAGACAUGACAACGACUCUAUGCUUACACGCUUUUUCGUUACCCAUCCAUCAGGAAGAAAAAGAGCCAAAGCAUUGGCUCGGCCCAAGAUAAUGAAUGAAGCUCUUGUUUUAUAUAAUGAUGUAAGAGCAAGUUUCUAUGGAAUUCAGCAUGUUAAAGAAACCAGUGCACUAGUACCACCAUAA